CCCAUUGAAACCCGUCAGAGGUGUCAUGGCGGCGGCGGAGAGCUCCUGGUUCCCAGCUCUAGCUUUGGGAGUUUCUCUCUUCAAAUGUCUGUUUAUCAGCGCCUAUCACUCCACAGACUUCGAGGUGCACAGGAACUGGCUCUCCAUCACCCACAGCCUGCCUCUGGACCGCUGGUACCACGAGAACACGUCCGAGUGGACCCUGGAUUACCCCCCCCUGUUCGCCUGGUUCGAGCUGGCUCUGUCUCAGGGGGCUCGGCUGGUGCACCCCCCCAUGCUGCUGCUGCAGAACCUGAACUACAGCAGCCCGGCAGCCGUCCUCUACCAGAGAGUCACCGUCAUCCUGACCGACCUGCUGCUCAUCUGGGGAGUCAGGGAGUGCUGCCGGUGCCUUCAGGGGCAGAAAGGAUCGCGGGACGUUCUGAACCGGCCGCCCUUCGUCCUGGCCGUCCUGCUACUCUGGAACUUCGGCCUCUUCAUCGUCGACCAUAUUCAUUUCCAGUAUAACGGCUUCCUGUUUGGAUUCCUGCUGCUGUCCGUCGCAAAACACAUGCAGGUACAUGCUCUUAUUUUGGAAGGGUCUGAUGUCAGAAAAUUGGUUAAACUCUUAUUUUGGAAGAGUGUAAAGUCCUCAGUGUUGUCUGUGCUGCAGGGCCUCCACCUGCAGGGGGCGCUGCUGUUCGCCGUGCUGCUGAACCUGAAGCACAUCUACCUGUACGUGGCCCCGGCGUACGGAGUCUACCUGCUGAGGAGCUACUGCUUCCCCCAGGACAGCGCAGACGGCUCGGUGCGGUGGAGGAGUUUCAGUUUGCUCCGCCUGAUGGCGCUGGGGGGCAUCGUGCUGUCUGUCUGCUUCCUGUCGUUCGGACCCUUCAUCCUCAUGGGUCAGCUCCCCCAGGUUCUGUCCCGGCUCUUCCCCUUUAAGAGGGGCCUCUGCCACGCCUACUGGGCCCCCAACGUCUGGGCCCUGUACAACGGGCUGGACAAGACCCUGACCCUGCUGGGUGUCCGUCUGGAGCUGCUGCAGGAGGCGGAGCUUCCUAAAGCCUCCAUGACGGGGGGGCUUGUUCAGGAGUUCCAGCACACGGUCCUGCCCUCCGUCACCCCCCCCAUCACCCUGCUGUGCACUGUGCUCUCCAUCCUGCCGGCGCUGGUGUCCCUGUGGAGGCGUCCCCGCAGCGCUCUGCGUUUCCUGCGCUGCCUGCUGCUCUGCGCUCUGGGAUCCUUCCUGUUCGGCUGGCACGUCCACGAGAAGGCCGUGCUGCUCGCCAUCCUGCCGCUCAGCCUCCUGGCGGUGCAGAGCAGAGAGGAUGCUGGGAUAUUCCUGCUGCUGUCCACCACGGGUCAUUACUCUCUGUUCCCGCUGCUCUUCACCCCCGCAGAGCUGCCCAUCAAAGUGCUGCUGAUGCUGCUGUUCACCCUCUACUCCUUCAGCGCUCUGACACACCUGCACAGGGCCCCCCUGCUGCUGCCUUUGGAGACCCUGUACCUGGUGGGGCUGCUCCUGCUCGCUCUCUGCUGUGAGGUCCUGUUCCCUCUCUCCCCCUGGGGAGGGAGGCUGCCCUUCCUCCCCCUGCUGGCCUCCUCCCUGUACUGCUCGCUGGGAGUCUGCUACUGCUUCCUGCGUCUGUACUGCAGCAUGCUGAGGGGGGGGGCCGAGAGGCCCAAACAGCACUGAAAGACCCCACCCUACAGCCCCACCUGCCCACGUGCCCUUGAGCAAGGCACCGGCCAAUCAGAGUGACUCUUUACUAAAUCUCUGUCGGUCCUGCCUGCCUAGCGAUGUUAGGCCUGAUGUUCCCUGAAGGCAGCAUCUCCUCGUCCAAUGGGAUUCCUCCCUGUGUUACUGGAUCAGAACGUGUCUCUGAACCUGUCUGCCUGACGGGGGCCGGAGGAGACCCUCUGACCCCACGAGGACCAGAAGAAGCAGAGAGACUUUGAGAAGUUUUUCUACAUUUUCAAAUAAAAAGGAAGGUUCAUUUCUC